AUCAUGAAAGAUAUACCAGAAUUUUACAAAGGUAAAAACAUUUUUAUUACCGGCGCCAGCGGUUUUUUAGGUAAAGUCAUAAUGGAAAAACUGUUAAGAUCGUGUCAAGACGUUGGCAAGAUAUACAUUUUGCUCCGACCAAAAUACGGCAAAACUUUCCAUGAACGAUUAGCAAAAUUUUUCGACAUGGUACUAUUCGAUAGACUGAAGGAAACAAAUCCCGAGGCACUAAAGAAAAUCAUCCCAAUAAACGGAAAUGUGUCAGAAGUAAAUCUGGGCCUUAACGAAGCCGACAGACAAUUUUUGAUCAACGAAGUGAAUAUAAUAUUCCACGCAGCAGCUUCGGUAAGAUUCGACGACCCGUUGAAAGACGCCAUUUUUCUGAACACUAGGUGUACAAGGGACGUUGUGAAUUUGGCCAAAGACAUAAAGAACCUGACGGUACUCGUUCACAUAUCCACCACUUACUGCCACUCAGACCAAAAGGAAGUCCUGGAGGAAAUCUACCCACCCCACGCCGAUUGGAGGGAAGCCAUCGACCUGGCCGAGAACUACGACUCCUUCACCAUGGACGUGUUGACCAAGCGAUACUUAGGAGCGCUCCCAAACACCUACACCUUCACCAAGGCGCUAAGCGAACGUGUAAUCAGCGAUUUGUGCACCGGACAAAUCCCUGCGGUCAUUGUCCGACCUUCCAUAGUAAUAGCGAGCACCGAAGAACCGAUACCUGGAUGGAUCGACAACUUUAACGGACCGGUCGGAAUGAUUUUGGUGGGAGGAACUGGAAUUCUGCGUGCAAUGUUUUCGGAUCCGGACGUUCAGAGCGAUUUCGUGCCCGUGGAUGCCGUCGUCAGAGUGAUCAUCGCAUCCGCCUGGCAGAAAGGCCAAUUCGAAGAAGAUAAGUUAAAGGUUAACGUUCUUAAUUGCAGCAACAAUAGAAUCAUGGAGGUUACGAUUGAACAAGUACAUCGAUUGGCGUACGAUUUGAGCAAGUCUAUGCCCAUUGCCAACAUAAUUUGGUAUCCCACGGCUAAUUUGACUUGCAAGAAUUAUUAUGUUUAUCAUUUGAAGAUAAUUUUUUAUCAGUGGUUGCCAGCAUUGCUUUUGGACGGCUUAAAUAAGAUUAUAAAUCUAUCGGACAUGUCUUUAAUGAAAAUCAAUAGGAAAAUAUACAUAGCAAAUAUGGCUUUGCAAUAUUUUAUGAUGCAUGAAUGGGUAUUCAAAAAUGACAACGUAUUAGCUCUAGAUGCUAAAAUUCCCAAGAGUAAUAAAGAAGAAUUUGGCAAAUAUAAACAAAUGGUUUCUGUGUACAACAAAAAAUAUCUGUCUAAUGCUUUUAUAGUUGCGAAAAAGAGUCUUUUGAAAGAAACCAAAACUAGGGAAGAAUGUUUAAGGAGUGCAAAUAUUAUGUGGCUUCUAUCUAAGAUUUUUAAUAUUCUUUGGUAUAUUGGAAUAUUUUGGUUGUUAUAUUAUAAAUUUAAAGUUGUAGAUGAAAUCUUUAGUAUCGGUCAUGACUUUAAAUUGUACUUGUUAAAGCUUUAAGGUAAUUAGUAAAAGAUAGUGUAUAUAAAAAAUACAAAAGUUUGAAUUAAUGUUUACCAGGAGUAUAAAAUAAAGUUUGUAAUAUAU